AUGUCUCUCAGAGUCACUCGUUCAUCUGCGAGGCUCGCUGCAGAGUCUGGCGCCUCCACUACCUCGCCUGCCGCUCCCUCCAACCCGUCGACGGCCAUCUCCACGCCAAACCCGCCCCUCGCCUCCUCGAGAAAACGAAAGGCACCAGCCCUUCAAGCGUCUAGUCCUACCGAUCAGUCUGAAGAGACAAGCCCGCCGUCAACCCGUCGUGGAAAGAGACAAAAAUUGACCGACCAGGCCCAGCCUCAGCCGGCGAUCGCACAGCCUGUCUCUCGAUCAACUCGGAGAAGAGCAGCGCAGAACGAGGUGGCGAUGUCUAAUAAUGGUACCUCUUCAAAAUACACUGAAGAGUCCGAGAAACAGUUACCCUCAAAAUCGAGCUCACGUCGCCAACCCAGCAGAAACAAGACACAAGACCUCUCUCCAUCCACCCCGUCCUCGCAGCCGCGCAGACAGAGGAAACGCCUGUCCAAGAAGGACCAAGAUGUUCAGAUGAAAGACGAGGCCGAAGACGAGAAGCUUUCGAGUCAAGAGAAAGACACUUCCCCCCUUCCUCACCACUCCAACAGCGAUAGUAACGACGGAGACGAUCAUACCGAUAUGGAUGAUGACGAUGGCCCCGAUCCUUUCUCCGCGGCCCUUUUCGGUGCUGGCCGUGGCCCUCCCUCGGGGUUAUCGAGUACCCUGAGAGCCUUAAGUGGAAUGAUGAGCGGCAUGUCGUCAAGAUUGAGAGACAUUCUGAACAAUUUACGACAGUCGGAUAAUCCUACGAUGCAAAUGGUGGCCUUAGAGGAGUUGUCGAAUCUGCUGCUGGUCUCAAAUGAAGACAAUCUUUCGGGCCAAUUUUCGCCAGAUCCGUACGUCAAAGAACUCGUGGCUUUGAUGCAACCAAACCCCAUCACGGGUGAAGAGAAUCCCGAGAUGAUGCUCCUGGCUUGCCGUUGUAUUGCCAAUCUGAUGGAGGCUUUACGAGGCUCGGUUGCCAACGUGGUGUAUGGAGGCGCCGUGCCCGUCCUGUGUCAAAAGUUGCUUGAUAUUCAGUACAUCGACGUCGCCGAGCAGGCCUUGAGCACGUUAUCUAAAGUCUCGAUUGACUUUCCAGGAUCGAUCGUCCGUGAAGGCGGUUUGACCGCUUGUCUUCAAUUCCUUGACUUUUUUGCUACCGGCACACAGCGAACUGCCGUUACCACUGCAGCCAACUGCUGUCGCAACAUCCCUCACGAUUCAUUUCCAGUCAUUCGGGACGUUAUGCCGAUCCUUCUCAAUGUCUUGUCCAGCCACGAUCAGAAGGUGGUCGAGCAAGGCUGCUUGUGCGUCACUCGGGUAAUCGAUAGUUUCAAGCACAGUCCAGACAAGCUCGAGCAAUUGGUUGAUCCUCCACUACUUCGAGCAAUCCUGGGACUACUCUUACCGGGUACUACAAACCUCAUUGGUGCAAAUAUCCAUACAGAAUUUCUCCGGGUGCUCGCGAUAGUGGCGCGGGCAAGCCCUCGACUUUCUGCAGAAUUAUUGAAGAUGAAUGUCGUCGACACCUUGUACCAGAUCCUCACAGGUGUCUCGCCUCCUUCUGAGACCGAGGACGCUGCCUCCAAAAUCGACAGUGUGGUCAUCAUGCAAGCAUUGAUCCACAGACCGAGGGAGCAGAUCUACGAAACCCUGAACGUCAUAUGCGAACUUCUUCCUAGCCCAAACCUUUCCAAUGAGUCCGAAUUCGAGGUCUACGAAGACAUGGAUGAUUACAUGUCCGACGAUGGCAACCAUCAGCCAGCGCAGCAAUCAAGGACUGAGAAGAGACUCGAGCUGCUAGAAGACUGCAAACAAGAGACACGCCGAUUUGCGACUAUCCUCCUACCAACUUUGACCGACGCUUAUUCAAGCACUGUGAAUCUGAGUGUCCGUCAGAAAGUGCUUAUCGCCCAGCUCAAAAUCCUUUCCAACCUUGAAACCUCUGUCAUCGAGGAAGCUCUCCGCCCAGUGCCAUAUGCAUCAUUCCUUGCGUCAAUAUUGUCUCAAGAGGACCACCCGAGCUUGGUCAUGUUUGCUCUCCAGGCGUCAGAACUCCUUUUUGAGAGGCUUGAAGAUAUUUAUCAGUACCAGUUCCAUCGCGAGGGUGUCAUUGGUGAGAUCAAGAAAUUGGCUGACAGGCCCCUCGAAAUCGACAUCAAGUCUUCCAAAAGCAACGAUGCGAACGGUCGCGACAGCGGCGAAGGGGACAAUGGGAGCCAAGCAGAGGGCACCGAGAAGCACGGCCACGGACACGACGGCGGCAACGAUGAUGAAGCUGGCCAGGAAGAAGGCGACAUAGAAAAUGGCGAGGAUCAUGGGGACGACGAUCCAGAAGACGAAGACAAUGAGGAGAUGAGAGAGGACGAUGAUGAAGACGAGGACGACGACAUGGGAGUCCGACAUCACCACGAUCCCGAUCUCGAUGAAUCUCAGAGUUCAGACUCCUCUGAUGAUGAUGAGAUGCCGUCCCCGCUGGCCAUCGCCGGAGUCGCAGACCUGGUCAUUAUACGUGCGAAGAAGUUUUUGGAGAAAUAUGACACGGCAAAAGGCAGAGAGCUGAAGGAAAAGGCCUCGAAGAUCCGUACCGACCUCCAUAAAUUGGCAACCGAUAUUGAAAAUUUCUACCGCCAACCGAGCCAGAUGGAGACUGACAACGACCUCUUCACCCGCCUUGCAAGUUAUUUCGACGGUGAUGCCUUGGAAAGCAUAACAAGUUCAGAGUUGUUGGACUCUGGAAUAAUUCGUGUACUAGUACAAGUACUAUCUGAAGUUCCUCCGGCGUCCAGCACUGCUAGGGCGCACCUUGUUGCGGCGCUCAUGCAAACAACCUACAAAGGCAACAUCAAGACCACCUCUGCAACGUCUGCGGCGACGCCGUUCAGUGUGCUCAUUCAAAAGUUGCAAGAUCUACUGAGCCGUGCGGAACAUUUCGAGGUUCUCACUGUCAACAACAACGCUUCCGAGAGCAAUCGGAGCAGCUCCACUUCAAUGCUAUCGCGCCAGCUACGCUUGAAACUGUCAGCAGAUGCCGACAGCGAUAUACCUCCAACAUAUCGUGAUAUGGUCGUCUCCAUUCACGCUAUUGCCACCUUCAAAGCACUUGAUGAUUACCUCCGACCUAGAAUCAGCCAGUCCGAACGUCCCGUAUCGGCCCAGCGACGCCGGGACAUGCUUCAACAGCUUGCAAAUGCUCGUCUCGCUCAUCUCUCUGGUGCGGCCGAGUCGGGAUUGCUAUCACCAUUCGGUCAAGAACUGAGCUCCCCAGCACCUACUGCGAAGGUAGAAUCUCGUCCCGAGUCUCGUGUCUCUUCUCGAACAAAACAACGAUCUGACGAGCGCCAGAAUCCCGUCGACAAGAAGCCAGCCGAAAAGACCGAGCGAAAGCGGCUGACUCGUCGUACCCAAGCGUCUUCAUCAAAUCAGGCCCCAGCGCCCGAGCUAAACUCCGACGACACAUCUAACAAAUUAGAGUGUGCCGAUGAAAAGGUUCUCGAAGAUGUUGAAGCUCCUGAUGCGGAGGGAGAGAGUGCACUCGAGGCUUUUGUAGAUGGGCUUGAAGAGGAUGGUUCAGAUGCAGAAGCACCUGAACCUGGUGCCGUCAACAUGGAAAUUGGCUCCAGCGGCAAGGUGACGGCUCGAAAAGAAGAUGGUACGAGAGUCCUGACACCUCAACCAGGAACACCUGUUCCUGGAAGCACGCGCCCGCCAUCUUCAGGACAAUCUCCGGGGCCUUCCCCGGCCGGGCCGGGAGGGCGGCCUUCCUAUGCCCAGGCCCUUGCUUCGGUCCCUCAAGACUGGCACAUUGAGUUCAGUAUCGAUGGGAAGAUUAUUCCGAACAAUACGACCAUCUAUCGAGCAGUUCACCACAACCGUGACCAGCCACAAGUUCCGGCGUCCCGGAGCGUCUGGUCCGGUGUCCAUACGGUGAAGUUCAGAAAGGUCCGUGGCCCUCCUCCUACACCAUCAAAUAUCUCCACUUCGGACGAAAGCGAAAACCGAGGAUCCAAGAAUGGUUUGCCGGCUUCGUUCAGUGACCAUCCUGUCACGUCGUCUAUUCUCGCUUUGCUCAGAAUCCUCCACGAGCUCAACGCAAAUCUUGACGAACUGCGAGAUUCCAUUGGACAACCGGAAUCAAAGCUCUGCCCAGAACCUCUUGCAUCUUUUAUCAACACGAAAUUGACCGCCAAGAUGAAUCGCCAGCUGGAGGAACCGUUGAUUGUGGCUAGUAACUGCCUGCCAGAUUGGAGUGAAGACCUUGCCCGGUCAUUUCCAUUUCUAUUCCCCUUCGAGACUAGGCACCUUUUCUUACAGUCAACCUCUUUCGGUUACUCACGUUCCAUGAUUCGAUGGCAAAAUAGUCAAUCAGAGAACGACGACCGCCGCGAUCGUCGCAGAGAUGAUCGACCCAUGCUGGGCCGACCUCAGCGCCAGAAGGUGCGCAUCUCUCGGCAUCGUAUCUUGGAGUCAGCCAUGAAAGUUAUGGACAUGUAUGGCGCCUCACCCAGCGUGUUGGAAGUCGAGUAUUUUGAAGAGGUUGGAACAGGUCUAGGCCCGACUCUCGAAUUUUACUCGACCGUGUCAAAGGAGUUCUGCAAGAAGAAGCUAAAGAUGUGGCGUGAAAACGACUCGGGUGAGAACGAUCAGUUUGCUUUUGGUAAGAACGGCCUUUUCCCGAUCCCAAUGGGUCCGGAUGAGAGCCAAAGCGAACCGGGAAAAAAGCUAUUGCUGUUGUUCAAGACACUUGGAAAAUUUGUGGCUCGCUCGAUGCUUGAUUCGCGCAUCAUCGACAUCGCGUUCAGUCCAACCUUUUUCAAGAUGGGUGGGGCCAGCAAUGCACCCCCCUCAAUUGGCUUGUUGCGGACGAUCGACCAGGACCUUGCGAAUUCUCUCUCUCAACUUCAACAAUUUCUCAAAGCCAAGGCAAGAAUUGAACUUGAUUCGUCCAUGACAGAAGAUGAGAAGCGGCACGCGAUCGAGGACCUUAGCAUCCGUGGAGCCAAAGUUGAGGAUCUCAUGCUCGACUUCACCCUGCCUGGCUAUCCUAACAUUGAGCUCAUUCCAGAUGGCGCCAACGUCAGCGUGACCAUGGAAAAUGUCCAACGUUAUGUUGAACGAGUGCUCGAUCUGAGUCUCGGAAGCGGGGUCCGCGCUCAGAUUGAGGCUUUUCAGACCGGGUUCUCCCAGGUCUUUUCGUACUCGUCUCUGAGAGCAUUCACCCCGGAUGAGCUGGUCAUGUUAUUCGGCCGCACCAAGGAAGACUGGAGCAUCGAGACAUUGAUGGAUUCUGUCAAGGCCGAUCACGGGUAUAACAUGGACAGCAAGAGCGUCAAGAAUCUGUUGCAGACAAUGUCGGAGCUGACGGCCCCUCAACGCCGUGACUUCUUACAGUUCGUUACCGGCAGCCCGAAGCUUCCCAUCGGAGGAUUCAAGAGUCUCACGCCGAUGUUUACUGUGGUUUGCAAACCCAGUGAACCGCCCUACACGUCCGACGACUAUCUGCCUAGUGUAAUGACCUGUGUCAAUUAUCUCAAACUUCCGGACUACACCUCGCAGAAAGUACUGAGGGAGAGGUUGUUUGUGGCCAUCCGAGAGGGCCAAGGGGCAUUCCAUUUGUCUUGA